ACUACUGCUUUGUGGCCUUGAUUAAACUCAUCCUUCGGUUGGAGACAGUUGUGUCUUGCCUGUGUCCUUGUAAACACCGGACAGUGUACCGAGAGGGGAGAAUGUCGUCAGCGAUGGGUUUGUUAAUCAGGGGAGCGUCACAAGUCGUCCAGGUGUCCAACAAAAAGGAAAAGGUCAAAUUGAAAGGAAAUAUGGCCGAUCUGGCCAUUCUUCACGCAUCUGCAACUGAAGGCGUCUCUAUAGCGGUUGACAAAAAUGGGCUGGUUGCAGCAGUUGGAAUGGAUUCAGAAGUCGCUAGGCAAUUUCCAGGUACUAAAUGGGAUACUAUCAUUGACGCGAAGGGACAGUCGGUCGUUCCAGGCCUCGUUGACGGCCACACCCACCCAGUAUGGGCGGGAGACCGAGUUCACGAGUUUUCUAUGAAGUUGGCAGGGGCCACCUACAUGGAGGUUCACCAAGCUGGAGGAGGAAUUAAUUUCACCGUCACGAAGACCAGAGAGGCCUCCGAGGAAGAACUGCUCGAACUCCUGGUUCCCCGGCUCAAGAGGAUGGUCUCUUCAGGCACGACCCUGGUCGAAUGUAAGAGCGGAUACGGUCUCGACGUAGAGACAGAACUGAAGAUGCUCCGUGUCCUGGAAAAGGCUCGCUCUUUUGUGCCCAUCACUGUAUCCUCCACUUUUUGUGGCGCUCACUCCGUCCCUAGGGGCCUGACUGCUGAAGAAGCUACACGUUGUGUUGUGGAGGAACAACUACCCGCCCUGAAAAGGGCCAGAGAGUCUGGAGAGCUUCAAGUUGACAGUAUCGACGUCUUCUGCGAGCACAACGUCUUCGACGUGAACCAGACCAGAAGGAUACUGGAAGCUGGCAGAAAAGAUGGGCUCCUUUUGAACUUCCAUGCAGAGGAACUGCAUCCACUGAAGAGUGCUGAGAUGGGGGCAUCUUUAGGGGCCGAAGCUAUGAGUCACCUGGAAGAAAUAUCCGAAGAGGGAAUAGCAGCAAUGGCUAAGGCAGGAUCUGUUGGUGUCCUCCUGCCGACGACGGCGUACAUUCUGCGCCUCACGCCCCCUCCCGCCCGUGCCAUGAUAGAGGCUGGAGUGCCCGUUGCCCUUGGCACUGACUUCAAUCCUAAUGCUUUCUGUUUAUCAAUGCCAUUGGUAAUGCAUCUGGCGUGUGUCACCAUGAAGAUGUCACUGAACGAGGCUUUGACAGCGUCUACCCUUCACGCUGCCCACUCCCUCAGGAAAGCUCAUAUGCACGGGUCCAUAGAACCUGGCAAAGUAGCUGACUUGGUCAUUGUUGAUGCGCCAAGAUGGGAGCACUUAGUGUAUCAGUUUGGUGGAACGGACCACGUGAUAUCUUGCGUCAUCAAAAACGGAAAAUUGUCCCACAGUAGAAAGUGAUAUUUUAUAAUGAUAAAAAAUGUGGAACAAGGAUGUGUGAAAUCAAAAUUAAAAAUAAUUUUUAAAAAUUAAUUUUAAAAACUUUCAAUGUCAAUAAUAUAGCUAAUUUGUCCUUUAAAACUUGCUUAUUAGUAAUGAAUUAAAUAUGAAUCAAAUAAAUGAUAAAAAUUC